AUGUCCGAUCUACCACGAGACAGACUAGAACCCACAGUUCCAUUUACUUAUAGUGCUGUGGACUACUUUGGACCUUUCUACGUAAAGGAAGGGCACCGGGAACUAAAACGAUAUGGUGUGCUCUUCACCUGUUUGAGCUCGCAUGCAAUCCACAUUGAGACUGCUAACUCACUAAUUACUGAUUCAUUCCUGAAUGCCUACUGUCGCUUCAUUGGCUGCCGUGGACCGGUACACUUCGAUCAGAUAGAGGAACAAAUUUUGUUGGUGCAAAAGCUUAAUGAUGAGUUGCUUAGAACACUCCUUGUUGAAGCAGAAGCCAUUGUGAACAGUCGUCCCCUCACAUACACUGAUGUUAGUUCAACAAGCUCAUUAGAACCACUCUCCCCUAGUCACAUAUUGACAUUAAAAUCUAACGUAGUUCUUCCACCACCCGGAGAAUUCCAGAGAGCUGAUGUGUAUUGUCACCACUGUUGGAGGCGUGUGCAGUACCUCGCAAAUGAAUUCUGGAGUUGCUGGAAGACAGAGUUCUUACUGACUCUACACGAACAACAAAAAUGGGUUGCCUCCCAACCAGAUCUACAGAAGGGGUUGUGA